AUGAUGGCCGGGGCACCGCCGAUGCACAUCUGCAUGGAUUCGGACUGGCUCAAGGGCAUCGUCCCCGAGGAGCCUGGGAUGGGAUCGUCGUCACCGUCAGCGGAGCUGAUCGCAUGCCCUAGGCCGAUGCACGCCGUGGCGGCGGCCGCGGCGGACCGGCGUCUGCGCCCGCAGCACGAUCAGCCGCUCAAGUGCCCGCGGUGCGAGUCCACGCACACCAAGUUCUGCUACUACAACAACUACAGCCUCUCGCAGCCGCGCUACUUCUGCAAGACGUGCCGCCGCUACUGGACCAAAGGCGGCUCGCUCCGCAACGUCCCUGUUGGCGGGGGAUGCCGCAAGAACAAGCGCGCCAGCGCCAAGAAGCCCCCCGCGCCGCCGAUGCAGCAGGCGCGGCACAUGGCGGAGACGGGCCUCCACCUGUCCUUCUCCGGCAUGCCGCAGCUGCCGCCUCCGUCGGCCUCCGCGGCCGACCAGCUUUGCAGCCUCGGCCUACUGGACUGGAAGUACGACCCGAUCCUCGCGGGUUCCGGUGGCGCUGCAGGCUCGUUGGACGGCCCAAGCUCUGAGGCGCACUUCGCAGGGGCGGGCAUGCUGGGCAUCCCAGGUGGCGGUGGAGGCGGCGGCGAGUGCCACGCGCUGAGCGCGCUCCGGUACGCGGCCGGCCUGGGCGAGCACCUGCAACUGCAGGGGCUCCCGUUCGGGGCCCGUGCGGAGCACGACGCGAUGGAGGUGAAGCCAGCGGCGACGGAGAGGCUGCUAUCGCUGGACUGGUACAGCGAGACGAGCCGCGCGCCAGAGAGCGCCAUCAGCUCGCUGGGCGCGCUGGGCCUGUGGAGCGGCAUGCUCGGCGGCGCGCACCAGCACCACGGCUCCUCGGCGGCCAUCUAA